AUGGACACAAGAUCUAGUGUUAUUUGCUCGAAAAAAUUUUCUGAGGAGUCAUUCGAUAGAACAUCAAAAUGUUAUGUUAAUCUCAAACCAAAUGCUGCAAACCAGGAAGAAUCACCACCUGCCAAGAUACUAGUACUAUCAAAUACAGUAUUAAGUCCUACUUUCGACUCAUCCCUUCUACAGAAACAAGCAGUUAGUAUAAGACAUCAUAACAAUAAGCUUGUAUUAUUUAGAGAGCAGUAA